AUGCUGAUCCCCCAGAUCAUCCUCAACUACCGGCGUCACGAUGCUACCGGCCUCCAGCCGACCAUGAUGAUGUUGUGGGCCUGGGCAGGCAUCCCCCUCGGCGUCUCUAAUAUCCAACCACAGAUCCUCGCGCUUCUGAGCUUAAUCACUUGGGCUCAGUGCUACUACUACGAACGGCAUUGGACUUUUGUACGAGCCGUGGUAGUAGUUGUCGCCAUCUCGUGUACGAUGGGCGUUAUUGAGGUCGGACUAGUAUUUGCACUCAACACAGCUGUCAACCGAGGCAUUAGAUGGCCAUUGGCAUUGGUUGCCGUUUUUACUGCCUUGCUCUUGGCUCUAGGAGUCCUCCGCCACUAUGUCGAUAUCUGGACUCAUCGCUCCGUGCGAGGCAUCUCAUUCGUUUUCGUAGCUUUGUACGCUUUGGGAGAUUUGACAUUGUUACUUUCAGUCUUGCUCCAACCAGACCAUGAUAUUCUAGGCAUUGUUAUUUAUGCAGUGGAGUUGAUGCUCUGGAUCGGGGUAUUUGGUUACGGCGUUUACUACAACCUGCUACCAUGGUGGAAGUCGCGGCAGCUGCACGUGCUCCCAGAGCGCGUUCAAAACGAAAACCAAAGCCGGCCUGCUAUUGCUGUGAACUCCAUCUCACUGAACGGGUUUCCUUCCUCGACAUCUGUUUUUCGGACACCGUCUUCUGAGGUGGAGAUGAGAAAUCGGAUAUCUGGCCUUCGGCAGAUAGGCUAA